UUUUUUCUUACGAGAAAAUGUAUGGACGUUUUGCCGGGACAAAAAGGAUCUACACUGGCCGUAAUAACGAAGUGACCGUAUUAACUAGGUGACCAUAAGGCGGGGAUCCAUUGUAUUUCUUUUCUUUUCUUUUUCUUUGUUCUUCUAUAAAGCCUUUAAAACGACAUCGAGCAUUGAGUAAUACGUUUCUUGGAUGAGUAGUCCCUAUCUUCCAUUAGUUUUUCAAGCCCACGAAGCGCGAAAUUAAAAGCGAGCAGUUGAAUACUUAGAUAGAUGGAGGUGCAAUAGCAUUUCAAAUUCCUCUCGCACGCCCGCGUCCGUGCCACCUUUCGCGUGUCUACUUUCCCCGCUCUUUCAAAUUUUCUUUCUUUAUUUAUCUCCCUGGACAGAUCAUUCGCAAAAUCGAAAUAGCCGGACCUGUCUUAGCUUAGGCUCGAUUACCAGCCGCUGUUCGGGAAAGGAGCCCGCGAGCCUAGGCCUGUCUAACCUGUACUGAGCCAGGCUAAGCUGCGUAGGAUAUGGGAUUGUCUGCAUUUCCGGGACCCGCCCUGUAUUUCGUUACUUUUCGUCACUCUUUGCGUGAGGCUUUCCGCAUAAAAUUUCGUUAUUUGACUUGAUUUUCGUUACCUUUGUCUUUCUUGAUUUGACAGAUCAUACCCUUUGCUCACCGUUUUGUCGAGCAGUUCUGUUAGAGGUUGUAGCUCUACUGUUGAGGACUGGAAAAGCUUUUUAAGUCUAAAUCAAUUAUCUUAAGGAAGGGACACAGAGACUACAAAGGCUGAGUGGAAAAAUUUCAGAAGCGGACUCAAUUUGCAAAAAUAUUCAGAAGAGUACAUAUCCCAACUGACGGUCAGUGUCGAGAGGAUGGACGAUCAAACCAGUAUUCCGCUGAAACCAAUGCGACAUCAGUCUUCCUACGAGAACAUGAACACUGUUUCUUUUGCCGAUGACUGUGACCACCAAUACGACGAACUGCACGGCCAUAAUCGAAGAAAUACACCAAACGUCGCUCCAAGUCACUCAGAGUGCAAAAAUAAACAGACCGAGAAGAAAGGAGAGAGAAGAAAGGAGAGCGGAGCCGCAAACGAGUCUGCGGGCUCUUGCGACGGCUCUCGCCAAAGCGCGCACUCCAACGCUUUUAGAAUUCUGGUUUUUGCUGGAUUUUUAGUCGCUUUGGUGGUAUUUAUUGCUGUAAUCUUGCUUGCGCUCGGAGCACUUUCUCCGUCGAGUUGCCGCGAGUGCAAGAACUCUGAGCUUGCGUCUGGUAAAGCUUCUGUAUCAACGCAAGAAUUAUUGCAAGUGAUCCAGGAACUUAGCUCAAACAUAAGCGAACUGGACGCGGUAGUAAAGAGCAAAGAGGAAAUCAUCUCGCGACUUCAGACGAGGGACGGCGAGCUCACCGAGAAGAUCGCAGAACUGGACCGAAAAACGCGUCAUCAAGCGGUUAUCGUUUCUAACUCGAACGACAACUUGAGCAGCCUCGCUGGACCGCAGGGCCCGCCAGGAAUUCCCGGGGCUACCGGCCUGAAAGGAGAAGAUGGCCUUGAUGGAAAAACGGGACAGAGAGGCGUAGGGAACAUGACUUCGUGUCGUUACAUGACUAGAGAAAGUGCCUCAUUUAAGGCGGACAGUUCUGUCACCGGGCAUAAAGUUAACGUUACGGAGGAACCGGGGUACAAGAUACUCGGCGUCACUUGCUCAACUAUCGGAACGUUGGAAUAUAAUUUCAAAAGCGAAAUAAACGCCACUACCAAUGUUAGAGAACACCAGUGCGAAUGCAGAGGUCAGUCCAAAGUGUUUAGCCAAGCAAACAUCGACAAGUCCAAAUGUGUCAUUCACUAUUGGAUGUGUCCAUUGACUUCUUAUUAGCUGUUUAAAUAUAAGAGACGAACCUCAGUUCUCUAAUGUUAAUAAGAGCUAAGUUAUUAUUCUUUGCGUUUAAUAGUUCAGGGGAUUCAAAAUUUCAUAAUGUAUAAAUUCUGAAAGCUCUUGCCCAAGUUAUGAUGGUCCACACAUGUUUCCUGCUGUGUGACUCAGUAUUGAAAACUUGCCAAGAAAGACAGACAGUGGACAGAAGUAAUGAGUUAUUUGAUGCCCAAUUGAACAUUUAUUCAUCACGAAAACUUCUUUUACACUGAAGAAAAUUGACUUUGUGAGCCACAACCUGAUGAAAUGGCUGUACACAAACAUUUAGCAACAUUCUUAUUUUUUCAUUGCGUUUCAUUGAUCCUAUCCCGUGAUAUUUACAUGACCUUGAGCGCAUGAAAAGAGAUACCCGUACAUGAAACUGCUAAACUCAGCACUUGAUUAAUUCCCGUAUAAAGUAAUAAAAUCAAUGCCUGAGAAUGCCAUUUGAGAAGCCGCUAUUGAAUGAUUUGGUUAUAUCGUGA